AUGGGUGGAUCGUUCGCGAAACCCGUAUUCGGGCCGUUUCCUACCCAGGAGUCGAUUUGGCGCGCCGCGGAGAAUGGGGACCCGAACGCUUUUCUGGCCGUCGCUACUUUAAGCGCGACGAGCUGCACGAGUCUCCCGCAAGACUCAGGUCUCCCGCAAGACCUCGACCUCUCGCUGAAGUACCGAAAAAUAUUCGCUGAUACUGCACCACUCGACACCUUGGCGAGGGCCGCCUACAAUCUGUUCCGACAACUGCACCAUGAAAAUGUGUUUAAGUCAUUCCCGCAAGAUGAUCGCGCGCACUUAAACGGGCUCGCGAUGUACCUGCUCGAACGCGCAGCGGAGCGCGGUGACGGCCAGUCGUACCAAAUACUCGGCCACGCCCACUGCAACGGAAUCGGAGUUCCGAGUAUCCCGAAGAAUAUGAAGAAGGCGUUCGCGCUUUAUCGCGCAUCGGCCGAGAGAGAUAAUCCACUUGGACAGUACGAGCUCAGCAUGGCUUAUUAUCAAGGCCAGGGUGUCGAAAGGGAUUGGGUGAAGGGUGCGUAUUGGCUCGAAAAAGCCGUCUCGCACGGUAGCGACGAUCCAAUGCACGCCUUCAUCAUCCAGUACAAGCAACAUUACACGAAGGAAAGACGGAUCCUGAUCGAGAAAGUCAACGGACUCUCCGGCGUGCGCAUCAGCGACGAUGCCGCGGAAGCCUUCGUCGACGGACCGUGGCGCGAUGACUUCGUCGCUAAAACAACGUACGAUCUCCUCGCCUUAUGCUUCAUCCACGGGACGUGCGGGAUGGAAAAGAACAUGCGGUUGGCGAAGGAUUUGCUUGUCAUCUCGGCCGCGUACUUCCCCGAGCCCUCCUCGAAGGCGCUCCUGAAGCAGCUCCGCCGCUGUCACGGGUGCGGUAAGUACGCGUACUGGACGUGCAAGCUGUGCCGCGGCGUGCGUUAUUGCUCGCUGAGGUGUCAAAAGUGGCACUGGAAGCACGGCGACGGCGAGCCGCACAAAGUUACCUGCCCGCGCGUGGUCACUACGUUACAGGAAGACGACCGGUGGUGGCGUUUACACGUCGCGUACAAUACGAACUCGCAGGUGGAAAUCACCGGACUCGUUUCUCGUCCGGAUCUGAACGGACAAGCCGCUCGCGUGGAGAAGUACGUGAUCGAGAGAGACCGGUACCACGUGAAAACGGAAGCGAGCGGCGAGGAGGUGAACGUGAAACCGUGCAACUUGAUCUUGAUCAAAAGAGUUGAGUUCGACAAACCGACUUACCCGGAUGACGAGGCGUCAAUUCAUGGAGGUGUCCGAAAACGUUGGUAUCAGCCUGAAUGA